UCCGGGCUCCCCUGCUAUGGCCGGCGUCUUCGACAUCGACCUAGAAACGGAGGAGGGGAGCGACGGGGAGGAGCCAGAGUUGGGGGCCGCGGAGGCGGACCCGGAUCUGCGCCUCAGCGGCCCGGACCUGAUACCAGGGCAUUAUGAAGAAAUUGAAAUCUCUGAGAGCAGUGUCAACAAUGGCUCGGAGCAUAUUGGGCCCCACUGCUUUGAGCUCCUUCGCGUUUUGGGCAAGGGUGGCUACGGCAAGGUGUUCCAGGUACGGAAAGUGCAGGGAACAAAUGCUGGGAAGAUUUUUGCUAUGAAAGUCUUAAAGAAGGCCAAGAUUGCCUGUAAUGCCAAGGAUACAGCCCACACAAAGGCUGAGAGAAAUAUCCUAGAGGCCAUCAAGCACCCCUUCAUUGUGGACCUCAUCUAUGCCUUCCAGACUGGUGGCAAACUCUACCUCAUCUUGGAAUGCCUCAGUGGUGGGGAGCUCUUCAUGCAGCUUGAACGAGAAGGCAUCUUCCUGGAGGACACGGCCUGUUUCUAUCUGAGUGAGAUCACCCUGGCCUUGGGCCAUCUGCACUCCAGUGGCAUCAUCUACCGGGAUCUCAAGCCUGAGAACAUCAUGUUAAACAACCAAGGGCACAUUAAACUGACAGACUUUGGGCUUUGCAAGGAGUCUAUCCAUGAUGGGGCUGUCACCCACACCUUCUGUGGCACAAUAGAGUACAUGGCCCCAGAGAUACUGAUGCGCAGCGGCCACAACAGGGCAGUGGACUGGUGGAGCCUUGGCGCCCUGAUGUAUGACAUGCUCACUGGAUCGCCUCCUUUCACAGCUGAGAAUCGCAAGAAGACCAUUGACAGAAUCCUGAAGGGAAAGUUGGUGCUCCCACCCUAUUUGACACCAGAUGCCCGUGACCUGCUGAAGAAGUUCCUCAAGAGAAAUCCCAAUCAGAGGAUUGGGGGUUGUCCUGGUGAUGCUGCAGAUGUGCAGAGGCACCCGUUCUUUCGACACAUCAACUGGGAUGACUUGCUGGCCAGGAGUGUUGACCCACCUUUCCGGCCCUCUUUGCAAUCAGAAGACGAUGUCAGCCAGUUUGACACCCGCUUCACUCGCCAGACACCUGUGGAUAGUCCUGACGACAGCUCCCUCAGCGAGAGUGCCAACCAGGCCUUCUUGGGAUUCACUUACGUAGCCCCAUCAGUAUUGGAGAGCAUCAAGGAAGGCUUUUCCUUCCAGCCCAAGCUACGAUCUCCACGUCGUCUCAACAGUAGCCCCCGCACACCUGUCAGCCCAGUGAAGUUUUUACCCUUUGAGGCCUUCAAGCCAAGCACAACUGUGGAAAUGAUGGAGCUGUCAUCCCCUCCCCUCAUGCCUGUGCCAGAGGUUACUGCCCCACUGCCCAUCAAAACGCCAUCAGGUGCCAAGAAGCAGAAGCAAAAGGGAAGCCGAGGGAGGGCACGGUAGCUGGGCCAAUAAGGAAAUAAUUGGACGGUCUGCCUCCCCAUGGGGCAUUGCUCUCUGCUUGCUGGACAGGGCAUGGCAGGGAAUAGAGCUGGACCACAGGGCCUUUUGAGUCCAGCUGAGGAGCAUGUGGUCUUCCUGUUGCA